UCCUCUUCUUCCUCCUCUUCUUCUUCCUCCUCUUCCUCUUCAAGCCCUCAUUUUCUCUUUCCCUCCUCUUCUCCUCCCUCCCCUCUCCCUCCUCUCCCCCGAUCUUCUAUUGAUCGUCCGUUACUAUCCUCUCUCCCCUCCCCGACGUUGGUCGCCGGAUGCCUAGCCGUCAUUGUCCUUUCUCACUCGUGGUCACCCUGGUGGUUGCUCCUCUUCCUCGAACAUACUUUUCCCCGCUCUGAUGAUUCCAUGACUAUCCUCUACCUGUCUACUCUUGCGACCUUGGUGGUACAUUGACCUCCUCUCCACCAGGCGAAGUUCCUGGUCCUUUGUCAACCUCGGGACGCUCGCCUUCUAGCUCCCCUCCCCCCUCAAAUCAUUUGCUCCCAUGCAGGCUUCACCGAGCCCCUCUGAGCCUGGAGGAGGGUACGCGACGCGGCGAGGUCAUGUCCCUCAACUGUCAAUCAGCGAUCCAAGUCAUCAUGUCACCGAAGCCAUCGGGCACAUGUACGAAGAUGACUACGACAAACGCGAAUCUCGGCGUCUAAGUUAUAUCUCCUCCCCUCUGAGCGAAGCGAUCACGAUCAUCCCUCCGAACCUUGCCGGCUGCGAAUCUCCUACCUCCCCCCAGUCUUUACAAGUGAAAAAUCAUCUGAGUGAAAUAAACCAACGGCAAGUGAAUGGACAAACAUGGACGCAAGGCUCCAAGUCUUUGGAGAGCAGCCCAACGUCCCCCGCCUCGACCGCCUCCCCUGGCUCCACCGACACCGCUACCACCUCCUUUCCUCUCAACGAUAUUGAUUACGAGUCCGACCCAGCCGCCGUGGCACAAGAGCUGAGCAACCUGGCCGCCAUCCGGCGGAUGUCGAUGGACGUAGCAGCCACUGGGGAUCCCGACCUGCCGAGUUUUUCAGUGCCCUCGGUCGCGCCAUCUCCCUCCGACGAUGAGAACGAUGCGGCCCGCCUAUUCUGGGUCCCCGCCCGAUUACAUCCGGAGUUGGCGCCCAAGGAAUUCAAAUCAUUUCUUGAAAGUAAGGCCGAUAUGAUCAAACGGAAAUCCGGCGAUUUCUCGACCUUGGGUUCGGAUCUUGAAGGGACGGGUGGAGGGCUCAGGCGGAAGCGGUCUAUGCUGUCGAGGCAGAUUGACAGCUCCCAUGGCUAUACGGAUGGUGCGGAACGGCUUGAGCGUAAACGUUCGCAGACGCAAAAGGACUCGUUGGGCCCCAACCUGCAUGAACUGGAGACAUUGGUAGAUGACACGAACUCGCGCACGCCGAGUGCUUCGUCAAUUCUCAGUGACAUCCAAAAGCUUGGUUUAUCGACCGACGAAGAUAUACCCAUACUUCCUCCUGCCCCUCCGGGCCACAGCCUUCGACGCGCAACAAGAACUCAAUAUCGCAAGGCUGGGAGCUUGAGGAAGGGGGAGAAAGCCCCAUACUCCAAGCGAGUAGGGAAGUCGGCGGACGGAAAUGAUCCUACGGGCGGACAAGCGGCCAUAGGUUUGACACGGGUAUCGACCGAUCCGACACCGAGUGUAACACGAGCGCAAGCCUUGGCCAAGUCUACCGAACGGACACCGCAUGCCCCUGACACAGCAUCCAGUUUCACGUCGGACUCGGCCUCGGAACCAUCCCCCACAGUAAGUGACUCCGUUCUUCCCGAUCCAGCCGGCCGGGCCAGCGCCCCUCCACCUGAACGUCAACAAUGGCAUUCGCGGAUCAGCUCAAAUGGACGCUCGACAUUGAACAUUCCACCCCUCGAACAGAAGAUUCCCGAGAUAAUCGAAACCCCGCCGCCCGAAAACAAUGCCACUCCUCCCAGCCCGAGUUCUCAGCAGGCCCCGGCCUCCAAAGCGCCUACAGUAUCCGAUCGACCUCACGAGCGCCCUCCUAACAAACGCUCCGGCCUUAGUCGCACGCAUGCGACAGAUGCUGCACCCACUCUCAACGAGUUCGCCAAUAACCCACAGGCCAUCCCCGGCAAUUCAAUGCGCACCGACAGUCUCUCUUUUAUCCCCACCGUGUCGGAAGACCGCAAGCCCGAAGAACGCAAGGCGGAAGAAAGGAAAUCCGAUUCGAAAAAGUCGAAGGACAAGAAGGAUUCAGAAGGGGGACGUAAGUCGAGUUGGCACUGGCUCCUCGGUACAGAGGAGAAGGACAAGGACAAGGAUAAAGAUAAGAAGAAAGACAAGGACAGUGAUUCGAAGAAGCACAAAGUGAAGUCUGCGGACAAAGCACACGAUGCAUCCCACUCUCCGCCGUCGUCGAACGAUACCAGCCAGAGGGGACGCGAAAGCCUAGCUAUGGACCGGCUGGACCCCAAGCUAGAGGAUGAACGGCGCAAGGACAACACACGAAGGACUUCCGGCGAAUCGAAGAAAGAGAAGGAAUCGGGAUUAUUCUCAUCCAUCUUUGGUGGCGGUAGGAAGAAAAGCAACGGAGAUAGCGGGCACCAUCACAAAAAGAGCUCCUCUCAAAACUUGUCGCCUGAGCCGCCGGUUCGGGAACUGCGGCCAGAUAUCGAUUACGCCUGGACUCGAUUCUCAAUUUUGGAAGAAAGAGCGAUCUACCGGAUGGCACAUAUCAAGCUUGCAAAUCCUCGACGCGCGUUGUAUUCCCAGGUCUUGUUGAGUAAUUUCAUGUACUCAUACUUGGCCAAGGUGCAACAGAUGCACCCGCAUAUGAUGCUCGCAACAUCAGCGGCCCAGAGGCAGCAGCAACGACAACAGGAGGAGUACCAACAGUACCAACGAUAUCAAGAAGAGCAACAAUACGCCGACAGUUCCUAUGAUGAUCCUCAGAUGUAUGAAUAUGGUGACGAUCACCACGAUCAGUACCGGUCCCAGUCGCGUGGAAGUAAGGAUAGCUAUGAAAGUGGGAAUGCAUAUGGUCCUGGCCAUAAUCAACACGGUCAUUCAACGUUUGGAGAUGACAUGCAGUUGGAUGAUGAUGAGGAUGAUAUGUGGUGAUUGUGAACGAACAGGUUGUCCCGCUACGGUCGGA